AUGGGUUUCUUCGGUAAAGGUAGCCUUAGUAGAAGUGAGCCCUCCUGGCUGGAACGGGAGAAGAAGAGAAGAGGACUUAUGGGCGAAAAUACAAGCGAAGAGGUUACCGGGAUGAGGCGAGUAGAAAGACGAGAAUUUAAGCUGGAAAGAGCAAGGAAAGAGAAAGAAGCCAUUGCUGAACAGCUAAGGGCCGAGGGCAAGCUUGUUGACGGGCCUGCAACAGACAAAGGCCCGUCGGCUCUGGAUGAUGCGUCUUCACGCAGUCUCAAUGAAGAGAAGUCAGCCUCAGGCAGUCCUCCCGCCCAGGAGCAAAGGACCGGGUCUACUACUCCUGCAGGAAAUGGCAGCCUCGUAAACGACUCUGAAAAGACAGUCAUGAAUCGCACUAAGUCUGUCCGCUUCGCACCGAUGGUGGAAGUAGCGGAAGUAAAAGACAGCACCGAGAUAGAAGAUGAGGAACAUCUUCAACUCUCCAGCGAGGAUGCUUUCUUCCUCGCUUAUGGCCUCGGAGUCCUUGAGGUAUAUGAUGAUACCAGAAACACAAUACUCAAACCUCAAUCGCUCCUUGCCUUGCUCCGCCAGCAUUCAUACUUCCCGCCACAAGAUCCGUCCGCGAUGCCCGAGCCUGACGACCGGUUCAUGAUCUCCUACGUCGCCUAUCAUCACUUCCGCUCCCUCGGAUGGGUCGUUCGAUCCGGAGUCAAGUUUGGCGUCGAUUUACUCCUCUAUAACCGGGGACCGGUCUUCUCACAUGCCGAGUUCGCCAUCAACCUUCUACCGUCCUAUAGCCAUCCAUACUGGAAGGAAACGGAAGAGAGACGGAAGCAGGUGGCCGCAAAACUGAACCAUACAUGGUGGUGGCUUCAUUGCAUAAACAGAGUGCAGGCACAGGUUAAAAAGAGCCUCAUAUUGUGUUUUGUGGAAAUACCGCCGCCCUCGACUGAGAAUAAGCCAGACGAACAGGAUAUCGGCGAGCUCUUGAAAAGCUAUGAGGUUCGGGAGCUAGCCGUCAAACGAUGGGUGCCCAACCGAAGCCGUGAUUGA